UACAUUUGACAAGUCCUGUGUAUACAUGAUUCCAAACUAUUGAAAUAAUAAUGGGAAGUUAGCAUCUUCAUAACUGGAUUUCAUACUCUUACUAAAAAUAGAAGUUACAUGAGUACACCUUAACGUACUACUACAGUGCAGAGUACAGACUCAAAAGCCCAAUGGGUUGAAUCAGCUGGUGUCAUACCGAGUAUAAGUUAGGCCCAUAUAAGUAUUAAGGGAACCCCUGUUCUUGCCAUCCAAGUAACUACAAUUGUACUCUUGCAGUCAGAAGUUUAUUAAUGGCGGGACACUCGGUUCCCCCAACAGAACAAGAAAUGCAAACUCAAAUCUCAUAAAUAUUUCACACAGCAAGUUGAUAAUCGCCAUACUGUUUAUCUCUGAAAAGAUAGUCCGUGAUCAAUUUAUACAGAUCCAGAUUCACCAACUUAGUUUUACAUUUCAAAAGCAAUAAAUCAUUUCUUGACCCUUAUGAUGAUAAUAAAUCUACAGGUCAUUAUGUACAUACUACACAGUAGCACCGCGAGUCUGUGAUUAUACAUUUCACCAAGAAAGAAAAAACACCAUAAAUGUUUCUUAAGUAUUUCAAGAAAGACAAUACUUACCCAAAAAAGCUUUAACUGUUAAAUCUCGUUCUCCGGUGAAACAAGAUUCAGAGCUGAAAAAAGAAGAAGACGAGAUAUGAAAGAGGAAAGAUUCAAGAAGAACUUAUACGCAGUCAUUUUUUCUUUCUUCUUCCUCUGUUCCACGUCGGACUUGCUCCUCCCACGUUCGCCGUUAGCGAUUCUCACCGGCGGGAGGUGGGAUCUCCUGCAGCCGAGUAUAGGCAUCUCCGCCAUGCACAUGCAACUCCUCCACAACAACAAAGUCGUCAUCUUCGACCGUACCGACUACGGCCCUUCGAACCUCUCCCUCCCUUCUCAAACUUGCCGAAACGCCACCGUUUUCGACUGCUCUGCUCAUUCUCUCCUAUACGACGUCGCUUCAAACACAUUUCGUCCACUCACUCUCCAAUCCGACACGUGGUGCUCCUCCGGCUCAUUGAACGCCUCGGGCUCCUUGAUCCAAACCGGCGGUUACGGCGUCGGCGAACGAGCUGUACGGAUAUUCACACCUUGCGAAGGCGUUUCUUGCGAUUGGGUUGAGAACAGAGCGUAUCUCUCCUCUCGCCGGUGGUACUCCACCAAUCAGAUUCUCCCCGACGGCCGGAUCAUCAUCGUCGGCGGAAGAAGAGCCUUCACCUACGAGUUUUACCCCAAGAAUCCCGGAAAAUCUGUUUUCUACCUCAGAUUCUUGGCGGAGACGAGAGAUCCUAACGAAGAGAACAAUCUUUAUCCGUUUCUUCAUCUUCUUCCCGACGGCAACCUAUUCAUCUUCGCUAACCGGAGAUCGAUCCUGUUCGAUUUCGUCAAUCACCGAAUCGUCAAGGAGUUUCCGGAGAUUCCCGGCGGCGAUAAACGGAAUUACCCCAGCACCGGCUCCUCCGUGCUCCUCCCUCUCUUUCUCACCGGAGAGAAUAACCGAUCGAAGGUAUCGGCGGAAGUUCUGGUUUGCGGCGGUGCUCCUCCCGGAGCGUUUCUAAAGGCGGCGAGGACGAUCCCUAAAGUCUUCGUCGGAGCGUCUCGCACGUGCGGGAGGUUGAAAGUGACCGACCCGGACCCGAUAUGGGUCAUGGAGCAGAUGCCGUCGCCACGUGUCAUGCCUGAUAUGCUGUUAUUACCGAACGGUGACGUUUUGAUCAUUAACGGCGCGGCGAAUGGAACCGCUGGCUGGGAAGACGCUACAAACGCUGUUCUCAACCCGAUUUUAUACUUACCCAACGAACCCGACCCGACCCGGAGAUUUGAAAUUCUCGCGCCAACUCGAAUCCCUAGAAUGUACCACUCGGCGUCUCUCCUCCUCUCCGACGGCAGAGUUUUGAUCGGAGGAAGCAAUCCUCACCGGAGUUACAAUUUCACGGCGAGGCCGUACCCGACGGAGCUCAGUCUCGAGGCCUAUCUCCCGCGUUACCUCGAUCCGCAGUACGCGCGAGUGAGGCCGUCAAUUCUCACGGUGGAGCUCGCCCGCAAUAUGAUGUACGGAAAGUCAUUUUCAGUUACGUUCGUGAUCCCGGCGUUUGGAAUGUUCGACGGAGGAGUGUCGGUGCGGCUCGUGGCUCCGCCGUUCAGCACGCACUCGACGGCGAUGAACCAGAGGUUGCUGGUCUUGCGCGUGAGGCGCGUCGCUCAGUUAUCUGCUUUCGCGUACAAAGCUGACGUGGAUGGCCCGACGAACUCCUACGUGGCACCACCUGGGUAUUAUAUGAUGUUCGUGGUUCACCGUGGAAUUCCGAGCGAGGCUGUUUGGGUUAAACUUUGAAGCUGUUCUUCUUUUUACCGUGGACUUUGCGUUUGACUCUUUUGUUUUUUACAGAUUCAUUUUUUGAAAAGUGUUGUAAAACAUUUUGUUUUGGUGAAAGUAAGAGUUAAUAAUGGAAACUAAGACCAUGCGCAUCAGGGGCUUUAGACGGGUUCACGGGCCCGAGUUCUAAGGCCGGAGUAAUUAAAAAACAAUUUAAAAUGGGUUUGUGUCGAUGAAACGGGCCUUACGGUUGAUCCGCUAUGAAGCGGAUUUAGCCACGCGUCAUAUCCUGGUUGGACGAGAGAAACCGCGUAGAGGGGGAGGAAAGACGGGUUUCCCCGUGUCUCUUCUCAUUUUCUCUUCUCGAAACAAAAGCUAGGGUUUGUUGUGUGAGAGGCGAUAAUACGAGUGACGCGGAGUCUUCACGAGAUUCUCGUUCAAAUCGACGACGGAGAGUCUUCUCCACGACCUCUGGUAAGUAUCGAGUAGAUCGACGGUUUAAUUUCGUUUAAUUUGGUCGAAAUCGUUUACUGAGAUUUAAAAUCAAUUUGGGGUUUUCGAGUUUCGGAUGUAAAUCGAUAACUGGGUUUCGAUUAAUUGAUGUAAAUCGACAUGCGCGUUUAAUUUAGGGUUUGUUUGUGUGAGAUUUCAAAUCGAUUGAGGGGUUUGGAGUUAGGGUUCUCAAUUGAUUCGUUGAUUCGUUUUAUAGUUUUAAUUCCUCAAGAGGGCUCGAUAUAGGGGUCGUUUUAGUAUAUUGUUUCGAUUAUAAUGUUCUAAUAUAUUGGGGUUUUUUCACAGAUGGAUCCCGCGGAUGAGAGAAGCCAUUCAAAGAGACAAAAGGAGUAUUUUGACAUGCUACAAUACACUUGUGAUUCAGAAUAUGGGAUUCCUAGAAGGUGUUCCUGUGGUGGGAGAAUCAUCGACGAGGUUCGAGCCAAGGAGGAGUACGACACUCUUCCUGGGAAGAGGUUCUUCACGUGCGUCAACUACGAGGUAAUGUGGGUUUCAACCUCCUGAUUUUGUUUUUACAUUGUAUAUAUUUCUUGAAAAACCACCUCUGAUAUUUGUUUUGUUCCAAACAAGGCUGAUGGGUUUCACUACCGUCAGCCUUGGGUGUUUGGUGUCCAGGAGCAGAUGGAACGCUUACUCAAGCGUCUUGAGGAGGCUGAGGAGGUGAUGAAGUGGGUGCCGAGUCUCAAAAACAAUAUUGAGACUCUGGAGGCCGAGGCAAAAGGGCUGAGUGACCAGGUUGAUCGACUAACUGGGGAGGUUUACAACCUGACGGUGCAAGUGUCUGUGCUGGAGAAGCUCUGCUUCGACUAACAAGCAAAGGUAAACACUCAAACUUAACUGAACUAGAACAGAACUGCAAGUGAAUAAGGAUUGUAAAAGUACAACCUAAUAAAGUAUCUGUUAAAAACAUUUAUAGUUUUUAAUAACUUUUCAAACUAGGUAGAGUACAACCUACUUUAAAAACUUAUCGAAAAUUUUUAAAGUGAUUUGAUUGGUAAUGAAUGGUAACUGUGAAUAAGUUGUUGUGUAAUUAAGUUAAGUAGUUGUGUAAUUUACUGCAGUAGUUGUUGUGUAAUAAAGCAAUGCGAAAACUAGUUUAAAACAUAGGCAUUUCACUUCUAAAAACACAAACAAUCAAACCUUAAAAAUCACACAAACCCCUUAACAACAAACCAAAAUCACACAAUGGACCCUUUUUCCCUAAACUCUCACGGGUUUGUUAACUUGUUAGCUUCGCAGAGCAGUCCUACAAUAGACGUAGACUCUGCUGAGGCACCUGUUAGCUCUCCCGGGUUAGUUAAACCAGCGGAAAGGAGAAAGUGGACCACAAAAGAAGAUCUUGUGUUGAUUAGUGCUUGGUUGAACACCAGCAAAGAUCCAAUAAUUAGUAAUGAGCAGAAGUUAGGGGCUUUUUGGAAGAGAAUUGAGGCGUACUUCAAUGCUAGUCCUCAGCUCAUUGGCUCCAUUCCUAGAGAGUGGGGUCAAUGUAAGCAGAGGUGGGGAAGGGUGAAUGCGGAGGUUUGUAGGUUUGUGGGUUCCCAUGAGGCCGCUCUGAAGCAGCAAGCUAGUGGGCAAAGUGAAAAUGAUGUCAUGAAGGCGGCUCAUGACAUCUAUUUCAAUGAUUAUAAUGCCAAGUUUGCGCUUGAACAUUGCUGGAGGGAACUUCGGUUUGAUCAGAAGUGGAAGUCACACUCUCAGCCGAAGGAGAAAAAUAAGGAAUCUGGUGCGGAGCCGGUGGCUGAGGAGGCAGAGGUUAGGCCUCCAGGCAUUAAGGCUUGCAAAGCGGGGAAACGCAAGAAGCCAGACGACGUAGCUUAUGAUAAAAUACAUAGCAUCCUAGCUAAUAAAAACACCAUUUCCAGACAAAAGAUCCUUGAUCGUCUGCUAGUAAAGGACACACUUUCCCCUAGUGAAGAAGCUCUGAAGGAGAAACUCAUCUCUGAAAUGCUUGAUUGAAUGUGUUGUCUAAUUGUUUCCCCUAGUAAAGCCGUCUCAUGUGUAGGAACUUGUUUGAAUAUGAUUGAUUGAAUGUGUUUUCUUAAUCUCUUGUCUUUGUCUCUGUUUUAAUCACGGGUGCUUUCUUUUGCAGGUACCGGGUGGGAAAGCGUCUUGAAGUCACGGGUGGUUUGAAGCUUUGUCGUAAGUGUAGCCUUUUUAAUCUCUUGUCUUUGUCUCUGUUUUAAUCACGGGUAGAAAGUGUAGCCUUUUGUUUCAUGCUACAUCUUUCAUGUACUAUGGUUGUAAUGUUGCUGUUGAUUCACGGGUGGUUGUGUACCCUUUAUCUAAGUGUAAACUUGAACUCUCUCCCUUUAUAUAAAUGUAUGGUCUUUGGUUAUUGUACAGAACAAGGCAAACUUGAACUCUCUCCCUUGACAAACUUCUCUUCUAUUCUAUUCUUUCUCUUCUUUCUCUUCUUUAUUGUCUCUUCUAUUCUAGGCUCUAUUCUUUCUCUUCUGAUCGUGGUGCUCUAUCUGAUCGUGUAACAACAAGCUUCAAACCACAACAACUACUCAACUUGAACAACCUUCACAACCUCAACAAGCUUCACAACUCAACUUGCUUGAAACCACAACAACCUUCAAACACUCAACAACAAACUCAAGGUAAGUGAAUGAUAGAAUUAGGAAAAAUAAGAUUAGGAAAAAUAUGAUAGAAUUAAUAUAAUUGAAUAAUGAAAAAAAAAGAUUAAGAAAAAUAUGAUUGAAUAAUGAAAAAACAAAGUGAUGAAGUUUAUGAAUAUUAUUGAAUAAUGGGAAAAAAAAAAGAUUAAGAAAAAUAUGAUUGAAUAAUGAAAAAAAAAA